AUGUCUAGGGUGAACUACGCAGAUCUUGAAAGAGGCAACUUUUCUGAUGAUUCGUAUGAUUCUUACGAUGAGGAGAUUUCCUCCAAGAAAAACGUGGACGAUGAUUACGAGUACGGUGGUCCGAGCAAAAAGAGGAAGGCAGGGUCUGGGAAGGCAAGAGCACCAAGGAAAAGUGCACCUGAUACUCCCUCCAUUGCAGCCAAAAAGAUUAAAGCACAAGAAGCUGUUGAAACGAUCAGUGAGCAGCUUAGUGAUGAUGAUUAUCCCUCUGAGCAACUAGUGUCCCUUACACCAGAGCUUCCCGCUGAUUAUGUUCCCGACGUUGUCUCAAAAGUAUUUGGAAGAAAUGACUUUUCUUACCUCAAACUCAAACCGGACCAUUUUUCAAGACCCAUAUGGAUCACCCCAACGGAUGGAAGAAUCAUUCUCGAAUCAUUUUCUCCAUUAGCAGAGCAAGCGCAAGAUUUCCUCAUUACAGUUGCGGAACCGCGUUCCAGACCUUCUCACAUUCAUGAGUAUUCUAUUACUUCUUAUUCUUUGUACGCCGCUGUCUCUGUGGGUCUCGAACCUGAUGAUAUCAUUGCUGUUUUGACAAGAUUAUCCAAGACGCCAAUCCCAGAAUCAUUUUUAAAUUUCAUUCGUCUCUCAACAACGAAGUUUGGUAAAGUCAAACUUGUUUUAAAGCAUAACAGAUAUUUCGUGGAAAGCACUCAAGCUGAUAUUUUGCAGAUGCUUUUAAAAGAUCCCGUGAUUGGACCUUUACGAGUCAAGGGCCAAAGUGAUUCAUCUGGAGAAAAUCAAUCAGACUAUCAUCAACAGGAAGACUUCUCAAAUCGAGGUCUGACUGAAAAUGGCGAGAAAAAGAAUGUAGAGGAGAUUUUUGACUCUGUUGUAGGUAAGAAGACUGAGGAAGAGGAUGAUGACUUAGAUGCGGUUCACUCAUUUGAAAUCUCAAGUGGGACUGUCGAACUUGUCAAGAAAAGACUAUAUGAGAUUGAAUAUCCCGUAUUAGAGGAGUAUGAUUUCAGAAACGAUAAAAGAAAUGCAAAUCUAGAGAUAGAUUUGAAGCCUUCAACGCAGAUAAGACCAUACCAAGAAAAGUCCCUCUCCAAGAUGUUUGGUAACGGUCGUGCAAGAUCUGGUAUUAUUGUCUUGCCUUGCGGGGCAGGAAAGACUCUCGUUGGUAUUACUGCGGCAUGCACUAUCAAGAAGUCUGUCAUCGUAUUGUGCACAUCUUCCGUGUCUGUCAUGCAAUGGCGACAACAGUUUCUACAAUGGUGUACGAUUCAACCUGAAAACAUUGCAGUUUUCACUUCAGAAAACAAAGAGAUGUUUACAAGUGAUGCAGGGUUAGUUGUCUCGACGUAUUCUAUGGUCGCAAAUACUAGAAACCGUUCUCAUGAUUCUCAAAAAGUCAUGGAUUUCUUGACUGGGAGAGAGUGGGGGUUCGUCAUUCUAGAUGAGGUGCACGUUGUCCCAGCAGCAAUGUUUAGACGAGUGGUCAGUACCAUCGCUGCUCAUGCCAAGCUAGGUUUAACCGCGACUUUAGUUCGUGAGGAUGAGAAGAUUUACGACUUGAACUUUCUAAUUGGUCCUAAGUUGUAUGAAGCUAACUGGAUGGAGUUAGCUCAAAAGGGCCACAUCGCAAACGUGCAAUGCGCUGAAGUUUGGUGUCCUAUGACAGCUGAGUUCUAUCAGGAAUAUCUUCGAGAAUCGUCGCGUAAGAGGAUGUUAUUGUACAUCAUGAAUCCGACUAAAUUUCAGGCAUGCCAAUUUUUAAUACACUAUCACGAAAAACGAGGCGACAAAAUUAUCGUUUUUUCGGAUAAUGUUUAUGCAUUGCAAGAAUAUGCUCUCAAGUUAGGCAAACCUUUCAUUUAUGGUUCUACGCCACAGCAAGAAAGAAUGACAAUCCUUCAAAAUUUUCAACAUAACGAUCAAGUGAACACAAUCUUUCUUUCCAAGGUUGGAGAUACAUCCAUCGAUUUGCCAGAAGCAACAUGCUUGAUCCAGAUCUCAUCUCAUUAUGGUUCCAGAAGACAGGAAGCACAGAGACUCGGGAGAAUCUUGAGAGCUAAAAGACGUAAUGAUGAGGGGUUUAAUGCUUUCUUUUACUCGUUGGUUUCUAAAGAUACCCAGGAGAUGUACUACUCAACGAAACGUCAAGCAUUUCUUGUGGACCAAGGUUACGCUUUCAAGGUUAUUACGCACUUAUCAGGUAUGGAACAACUACCGGACCUAGCGUACUCAUCUGCCCGUGAGCGACGUGAACUUUUGCAGCAAGUUCUACUCAAAAAUGAAGAUGCUGCCGGUGUUGAAAUUGGCGACGACGAGGACACUAACUUUAUGCCAAAGAAUGGCCGUGUCAAGGCCGAGGCCAGCAAUGCUUCCAGAAGUGCUGGUUCUCUUGCAGGUUUAGCCGGUGGUGAGGACAUGGCAUACAUUGAGUACAGCAAGAACAAAAAUAAGGAAUUGAGAGAGCACCACCCAUUGAUCCAAAAGAUGUACUACAAAAAGAAGCGAUAA